GAUAUGAUUUGAUGUGAAAUAUCGAAAGAGUCGUGAAAUUUUCAAUAAAAUCAGUUUUACGCAAUCUUUACGAUGGCUUAUGAUUUGCAAAAGGAAUCAGAUGUUAAGGAAUACAUCGAAAAGCUAGGAAUUGAAUAUAGAUUUGGAUGUUACAGUGAAAAGAAGCCAGAUGUAUGUCAUUUGCUCGGUGAUUAUCUUGAAAGUAUAAAGAAAGAUUUCGAGAAAGCAUCAAAAGUUUAUAGAUCAAACUGCGACGACUACGGUUAUGGAAAGAGUUGUCUGAAAUUUGGUCAUUACAGUUUUCUAGGUAAAGGCAAAUCAUCAGCAAAUGAAAAAGGCGAUCCUAAACAAGCAUUCAAAUAUUACGAAAGAGGAUGUGAUUUAAAAGAUCCUGAAAGUUGUCUUCAUUCCGGUCUCCUAUUGGUAAGCAAAUCGUUGUCGUCUUCAAUUGAACGUGAUGUGAAAAAAGGAUUCGAAUUGCUGACAAAAGCCUGUAAGAUGGAUAAUGCAAACGCUUGUUUCUAUCUUUCUGGAAUGUACAUUUCUGGUGUUCCGAAAAAGGAUAUUAAACCUGAUUCAAAACCGACUGAUCCCAGUGACUUCAUCGUACAAAAAGACAUGAAAAAAGCUUUCGAGUUUGCAACGAGAGCUUGCGAUAUGAACAACAUGUAUGCUUGUGCAAAUCUUUCUCAAAUGUAUCAAAGAGGUGAUGGAACAGAAAAGAAUGAACAAAAGGCUGCCGACCUUAAGAAAAAAGCUCUGGGAAUGCAAGAUGAGAUUAAAAAACAACAAAGAGAGUUAAAAUUCCAACAAGGAAUCGGCACAUAAAAUUCUUAAAUCAAAAAUCCAGGAAAAUGUUUUAGCAAUUGAAUGUAAUUAAAAUUAUAAUAAAAGCUUUAUUCAAAUUCAAAAUAAUUCAACCUUGAGUUCUUACAAAUGCACUCUCGUAAUUAACCCAGUCUGGAAUUUUAGAAUUUU